AUGACCUACUCGUCUCGCCCAGCGUCCAUGCUCGCGCCCGGGGUGCCUGGCCCCCCCGCUCUCCGUCAGCCCAGCAGCUCCCAAGCGCAGCAGCAAUCCUCGGCGCUGUCGACGCGCAUCGCCGCGAAAAAGGCCGAACUGGACAAUCUGCGACAGCUCCGCGAUCUGAGCGGAACGCUGGCCAUGCAGAUGCAGGCGUUGGAGAGCAAAGUGUCGACUCUCAAAGAUGGUACGGAAGCCGUCGCUUGCGUGCUCGCCAAUUGGGAGAAUGUCCUCCGGGCCAUCAGUAUUGCCUCUCAGAAGGCCAGUGGGCUCCACGAACAUGCCGAGGACGAGGCAGAAGCGCCCAAGGCGGAUGAUCGCCUGCCUGCGACGCUCGUGCGCAUACCCGCCGAACCGAGUGAGCGGACUGGCGAAUAA